AAAUAUGCCACCCAGAUGCAUAUAAGGAGCGCACCUACAGAAAAACAGAAGACGGAGAGAAGAGGGGAGGAGAGAGAAAGCCAGAGGAGAGAGAAAAUUUAAACUUCAAACCAAGUUUAUACAAAUUCAAUCUCUCUUCCUCUCCGUCGUCUGCCUUCGUCUUCUUCUUCUUCUUCUUCUUGAUCUUCGAAUCCCUAGCUAUGGCGUCUUCCACGGCCUUGGCACAAACUCCACGGCAUCUGUAAUUUAAUUGAUUAUUAUUGCGCGGCAGCAGUUGCGGUCUUUUGUAGGAUGGCGGAGAAGCCGCCGCGGGACGGAGAAGCUUUGUCGUCUUUGGUUGGGGUUUUGUUCGGUUCUCGAUCUCACGCGAGUCCUACCUGAGGGAGAAGAGGAAAACAGUAACUUUUGUGCGGUCAGUUGAUCGAAAUUUGUGUCUUCAGCGGUGGUUGGUGUCCAGAUAUGGCCAAGGGCGGGUUGGAGAGGCUGCGGAGAUGUGUGCGGACGGUGUUCUUCAUGGUGGCCAUGGUGGCGUCGCUGAUCGUGCUAUCGGCGCCGGUGAUCGUGGCGAUGGGAGACGUCAUGGUGCCGUUUAUGUUAAUUUCGAGCUUUACGUGCGUGAGAUGUCAUAGCUUUAGAGAGCAUUUGCAGCGAUACGCUUUCAAGAGCUCCUUGAUAGACAUUCCUCUGGUUUCGGUCAUCAGAUCGCUAAUCAUUGCCUGUGUUUAUUCUAUGUGUGAUGGCCCUGCUCUUUCCAACGGGCCGUAUCUUGGGACUGUUACAGUGUGUUCUAUUGUUUCAAUUCUUGUUCUUUCAGUUAAGGCUUGUAUAUUUACACUGAAUUCUGAACUUGAGGCUGAAGCUUCCUCUUCCCUCACAAGGCAAAGGCUCCACUUGAAGAAAUCCUGGGGAAUGCCUGUAUUGUUUCUUUCAUCGGUGGUCUUUGCUCUUGGCCAUACUGUGGUUGCUUACAGAGCAAGUUGCAAGGCACGGAGAAAGCUCCUUCUUCACCGAGUUGACCCAGAAGCAGUUCUUUCCUGUAAAAAUGUUUUCUCUGGCUACCCGAAGCUGCCACGAUCUCCCACUCCUUGUGCUGGGAAAACCCCAAAAAGUGACAGUGAGAUGAGGCGAAAACCUCCAGGAACUGCUCGUGAUGAAGGAGAACUCCCGGUCAGACUACUUGCUGAUAUUGACAGCUUGUUCACUUCAUGCCAAGGGCUUACUGUCCAUUACAAACUCAGCAUGGCUGGUUCACUACCUCGUUCCCUGUCCUCCACCAGCUUCCUUGAACCUCAUUCCUGUGUCAUUUCCACACAAUUGGUCCCAGGAAGGCAUAAUCUUGACAGGCAACCUUUUAAUGUUUCAUCAAAAACCCAAUAUCAUCUUCAUAGGAGCUUUAGUAAUCAAUUUCACAGCUCUUCUCUAUAUGAUCCACUAUUAGAUGCUUCUGCAACUUCUCCUGUUUUGUCUGAAGAAAUUCCCAUUUUUAGCCUUGAUGAUUUUGUUGAUGAAGAUCAAAUGAACAAAAUGAACUGUAGGAUUUCUGAGAAAAAUCUUGAGGAAAAUGGUCAGUUUGGCAUUAUUUUAGUGCAUGGAUUUGGAGGCGGAGUCUUCUCAUGGAGGCAUGUGAUGGGGGCGCUGGCUCGGCAGGUUGGUUGUAUAGUUGCUGCUUUUGAUCGGCCUGGUUGGGGAUUGACUUCUAGGCCGCAUCGAAAGGAUUGGGAGGACAAACAGCUACCUAAUCCUUACAAGCUUGAAACCCAGGUUGAUUUGCUUCUUUCGUUUUGUUCGGAGAUGGGUUUUUCUUCUGUGGUACUUGUUGGUCAUGAUGAUGGAGGCCUACUUGCCUUGAAGGCUGCACAAAGAGCCCAAGAAUCUGUGAAUUCUGUCAAAAUUGAGGUGAAGGGUGUGAUAUUGCUUAGUGUAAGCUUGUCAAGAGAGGUGGUUCCUGGUUUUGCAAGGAUUCUCUUGCGUACUUCUCUUGGGAAGAAGCACUUGGUUCGUCCGUUAUUGCGAACAGAAAUUACUCAGGUGGUAAAUCGCCGUGCAUGGUAUGAUGCUACAAAGCUGACUACAGAAGUUCUAAGUCUCUACAAGGCCCCAUUAUGUGUAGAUGGUUGGGAUGAAGCAAUUCAUGAGAUAGGUAAGCUGUCCUGUGAGACAGUCCUGUCACCACAAAAUGCAGCAUUAUUGCUGAAAGCAGUGCAAGAUCUGCCAGUGUUAGUUAUUGCAGGUGCUGAAGAUGCCCUUGUACCUCUAAAAUCUGCUCAAGUUAUGGCUUCACAACUUGUAAACUCUAGACUGGUUGCAAUAUCUGGAUGUGGUCAUCUUCCACACGAAGAGUGUCCGAAGGCCUUACUUGCAGCCAUGACACCUUUUAUAAGCAGAAUUACAUUAAAACCAGAUUUGCAAAACCAAUAGGUUAUUUUAUUUUUAACAUAUAAGUAGGUUCUUUACCUGUUGAGGGGGCAUCCUUUCAUAUAUUACAUAUAUUUAUUUGCUCUUUCAUUUUACCUCGAGGAAGAUGUUAACGUCCUCGGGGAGUUUUGAUGUGUUAGCAGUAAAUCCCCGUGGUUUUAGGGCUCUCACACAUGUGCAUUUUUUUUUCUCUUUUUCUUUUUUUGGGGGAGGUGGUGGGGGCUGAGUGGGAGGGGGAGCGGUUGGCUUGUGUUUAGUGGGAGAAUUGUAUUUGGCAAAUUUGGUGCUUCUUCAAACAGUAGUCAAUUUCCCUCUCAGAAGGGGGUGGAAAAAAGUAUAACAUGAAGUUAAGUUGUAUAUUAUUUUGGCUGCAGUUGCAAAUC